ACGUACACAAAUAUUUAUCGAGAGAAACAACCCGGAGUUCAAAAGUAUCAACAAAGAAUAAUUGCGCAUCACUGCAUCGCAAAUUCUUUAACCUCGAAUUCAAAUCCCUAAUUUUCCCCAUACUGAUAUUUCCCGGUAAAUCGGCAUCGUUGGAGCGGCGGUAGUGGCCAGGGAUGGAUGACGAGCAGGAGUUCGACGAAGGCGUGGUGGUCGGGCAGAGGCCGACGGUGAUGGUUCCUCGCCACAUCAACAAGAAAUCUCUCCGAAACAGAGGCCUCUCCAUCGCCUUUGACGAGAAAAACCUAAGGGACUUUAUUACUGGUUUCCAGAAGAGAAAGGAUAAGAGGAGGAAAGAAGCUCAGAAACAAUUACAUGAGAAGGAAAGGCAAAUGCGUAUUAUGGCCCGUAAGAAGAGGAAAGAAGCGAAAGAAUUAGCAUUAAAGGGCCAGCUUAAGGAGCCUGAUUCAGACUUGGAACAAGAUGCAGAAAAUGAUGCUGAAGAUGGAUCAACCACAAUUCCUUCGGUUUCAGCAACGAAAACAUAUGAAAAUACAAAUACGACUAUUACAGUUACUACAAGCGAAAUUGUUAAUGAAAAUGAUGGCUUGGAGCCAGUAGAUACAGUUGCCAAGCUGGGAAAUAAAUUGGAAAAGAAUCAUAAGCUUCCAGUUAAGAGAAGACCUAUGAAAGGGUUAGCAAAGCGGAGGAAGCUACAGAAGAAAACCAGCAAAAAAUUUGCAUCUCGUGGGAAGGAUGGAAGGAAAAAUAAGAAUAAGUGAUAGUCAGAAUUUUAGGUUAUUCUAAUGCAUAACUUAUUUAUUUAUUAAUGCAAGUUUCUGUCAUUAUGAAUACAGAAGGCUGAAACUCUGUGUCUAUUUUCUGUGUUUUGAUCAUCAAAUGCAACUAAAAGGAGAGUUUGGUAACCUGAUAAGCAUGCAUUAAGUGUCAAAUUAUGCUAAACAAUUUUAUUUUAUCUUUUGUCCUUGCAUGUAUGAACUUUAUCGAACUCGUCAAGUUUCCAAAUCUCACUUUCUAUGGUUGGCAACGAACACAGCUUGCAGUGUAUUUGGAAUUUGGCCAAAUUCAGAGAGUUUGGAACACACGAGAAAUGAACUAGAGUGUGAGUUUGAAAUUCUCAGAUAUUUUACUUUGCAUUUCAUUUUCU